GGGGCGUGGCCGCGCGACUCGGCUUCUUGGUUCCGCCAUGGCUGUCUCUUCCAGCGCCGUUCACCUGCGGCAGUGUGUGGUGUCCCCGGCCGGGAGACACAGUGCCUCGCUGAUCUUCCUGCACGGCUCAGGUGAUUCUGGCCAAGGACUGAGACAGUGGAUCAAGAACGUGCUAAACCAAGACUUAACAUUCCAGCACAUAAAGAUUAUUUAUCCAACAGCUCCCUCCAGACCAUACACUCCUAUGAAGGGAGGACUCUCCAAUGUGUGGUUUGACAGAUUUAAAAUAUCCAGUGACUGCCCAGAACACCUUGAGUCGAUUGAUGGGAUGUGCCAUGUGCUCACUGAGCUGAUUGAUGGUGAAGUAAAAAAUGGCAUCCAGAAGAACAGGAUAUUAAUAGGGGGAUUUUCUAUGGGAGGCUGCAUGGCGAUACAUUUAGCAUACAGAAAACACCGAGAUGUGGCAGGAGUAUUUGCUCUUUCUAGUUUUCUGAACAAGGAGUCUGCUGUCUACAAGGAUCUUCAGCAAGCUGAGCACACGCUCCCCGAGCUAUUUCAGUGUCACGGCACCGCAGAUGAGCUGGUCCUUCAUGCCUGGGGCGAGGAGACAAACUCAAAGCUGAAGUCUCUAGGAGUGAGCACAGUGUUUCACAGUCUUCCAGAUCUUUACCAUGAAAUGAACAAAACUGAGCUAGAGAGGCUGAAGUCCUGGAUUCUAACAAAACUGCCCGGAAAGACUGAGGGACAGAAUGAAUGAAUGAAUGAAUGAAUGAAUGAAUGAAUCUAUCUUCACUGCCACAUUGAUUAGUAUCUUAUAUUCAACAAUUUUUUUCCUCAUUUGAUCCUCACAGAAAGUAAGCUUGGUGAAACAUCCAGCAUUCCCAUCUUUUAUGAAUGGGAUUUAUGAUAUCUGUCUGUUGUCAUUCCACAAAAUUGUCUUGAGAAUCAUUAUGUUGUAAAUGUCAACUGUUUUGUAGCUGCAUAGAUACCAUGGACACACUGCUAUUUGCUUGUCCAUUCACCACAGAUCUGGGCUACUUGCUCUGUGGAGCUGUCAUAAAUAGGGAUGUUGUGAGGUGUAAACAUCCACCCUCACAGCGGAGAGGGUGGUUGACGCAUUGUCAGUACCUGAGACUGUCCAACUGUUUCUCAUUGUAGUUUUACCAUUUCCCAUUCCAGACAGCGUGGUGGUGCCUGAUGCCCAUCUCUUCAUCAUACUUUCAUUUGGCCUUUCUGGUGGCUGCAUAGAGUUUGAUUUCUGUAAUGCAGGCUUGAUUUCCAUUUUUUGGUGAUACAGAAUCCUACACUGGAGGGUUCUUCCACAUUUGUGAAGAGUCAGUUUGUCCUCCCCAAUUUGUUUCUAGAUUGUCUUUGUGAAAAGUUAUUUACUGUCAAAUUAUAAUGAUAAAUAAAAUAUGAAUAAAUAA